AGUUUCAGUGGUUCUUUUUUUCAGCAUGUAUAUGAAGAGGAGGUGCAGCCUCUGUUGCAAUGUGUGAAUAUCUUUCUGUGGUUUGCACUUAUUUCUGUACACAUAUGAAGUUCAACCGCUGAAUAUGGCAGCCUUCUGUCUCUGCGUCCUGCUGCUCUGGGCAGGAAUCCUUGUUGUGACACACUCCCAACACCUCUUCUUCACCCCGUUUCAGCAGAAUUAUUUCUUAAAUCCCAGUGAAAUACAGCAGAUUAUAUCCACUGGACUUCCUGCAGAAAUUACCACAACAUUACCAAAGUUUAAAAACCUCUCAGUUAGUUACACCUGUUCAGAAAAACACAAACCUGAUGUUGUGAAACUGUCUGAGCUGGAGCCGUUCACAGACUACAGCUGUACUGGUCUGAUCUUACAGAACAACAUCACCAUAACUAAAAUAACUCCAUCUGUCCACGUCAGGGUUGAUUGUGAUCUUACAAUAACCGACAUAAAGAAAAUUUCAUCCAAUAUUUCCAUUGAGUUCAGCUGGAAAACAACCAGUAAGAACUGUCAACAGGAACUUCCCAACCUUCAUAAGCUUUCUUAUGACUGCAGUUGUCAGAAACACGGUCAAAAACCAGUUACAGUCACAAGUCCUGAUGGAGGAACAUGUGUUAUUACUGGAUUGAUUCCAUACACUGGUUAUAAAUGUGGAGUCAAACCCAAAUACAACAACAAUCCAGUUUCCACUGGGCCUGAAGUUAAACUGCAAACUAAGGUUGGAACACCUGCUGCAGUCACUGAGCUGCAGGUGCAUGUUAACGAACAUAAUACGAUCAAAGUGAGCUGGCACAGAUCCUCUACGUUCAACGGACCUGAGGGAAAAUAUAUAAUACGACUAAUUACAGCUGAUGAUAAGGAAGUGACAAAGAAGGAGGUGAAGGCAAAAUGUACAAAAUGUGAAGUUGAAUUCAAAGAUCUGAGCUGCUCUACGACCUACAAAGUGAAGGUGACGGCUUUCAACGGACACUAUGAGAGUGACCCCACAAUAAAAGACAUCAGCACUUUCUACAACAACAGAACUGUUUUAGGGUUUCGUGUCUUCCUCGUCAUCCUCACGUCUGUGGCUCUGAUUUUCGUCACCUACAAGUUCCACAUGACGUGAAUGGCGGCAUGGAACUUGAACCAAUUUAUGAGAACGGACAAACUCCUGGAUCACGUCAUAAAGAAGCUCACUGAUCAAAAAAGGCAUCAUGGAGCAGCAAAGUCUGUCACCAUUAACUCUUUAUUGUUUGGUAUGUUUUUUGUUUCCAUUCCAAUAGUAAAAGAAAAAAAGUUUUUGCUGCAUUAACAUAAGAGCACCAAUUUAAUCUUACUGUUAAUUUUCCUAAUUGUUCACAUUACAUGGCACUCUGAAAAAUAUAUUAAAAAAAUAAAAAACACAAAUUAGCAGAUGUAACGUUCCCAGUUACAGCUGAUCGAUGUGUAUCCAUCAGCAGGUGAUUUGAUGCUUUUAGUUUUUGUUCAUGUGUCUUUCACACAUUUGUAUGUCUGCAGAAAAUUAAAUACUGUUAAAUGUAUCAACAAUAUUAACAAAAACAUCAAAGAAAAGUGUGGUUUACAUAGUAGCAGGUCUCCUGUUCCCAGCAGAUCAGUGGAAAUGAAGCUCAAAGAUGUUGCAUGUGAAAAUUAGCAAGCCUCUUCUUUUUUUUUUUAGCCAAUACAAAAAUUAUUAUACUUACAUUUAAAAAAAAAAACAGGACAUGGCUGUGCAUGAUUUAAUGUUAUCAUCGCCAACAUGUUUAGAUUUACUGUUGUCCCACACCCAGCUAACUAAUCCACAGUCUGGAUCCACUUUUCUAUGAUUUUAAUAUGUGAAGUUUGCAUGUUCUCCACUGUGGGUUCCUGCUAACAACAUGCAGUGAGUGGGGUUGAUGAUUGUCUCUCUGUGUUGUGUUAUGACAAACUCUCUCCUACAUAACUUUAUAAGAUAAAAGCAUAGGUAUCACACAGCACUGCUAUUUGGGUCCCUCCAUUGAUUUUUUUACUAUGUGAAUUCCACCUUCCUCUGUCUCUUCCUCACUUCCCCACAGCUGGUGCUAGCAGCAGCAGCAGCAGCAGCUUCCUGUGACUGUGAGGCCUGGUUACUAGUUGUUGCUUUUGUUACUGUUCACAGUGCUGCAGCCCGGCAGUUAUGUCGGUUAACUUGACUAAUUAUUAGUUUCUUUUUAUUGUUUUCUUUUAGCUUUCUGGCGCCACCUUUUCACUCCUUCUUCCACAAUAAAGUUUUUUUACAAACUGCGUGAGCGCACAGCAAAGGCAGGGGAGGGGCCAGCGGCGUUAAGAGACUUGAUUGGGCAAUCUAGUGGCUCAAAAGUGAGUCGGCCGACAGGGAAAACACCCAGUAUGCCAGAUUACUGGUCCAACCCUGAUCCCACCUCAGUCUGCAAAGAUGUUAAUGAUCAGCUGUAAAUGGUUUCCAGUAUAACCACGUCUGCCUUACACAGAUUAGUCACUGGUUUGUCUGGUUCCAGGAUUCCUCGAUAUGAUCCAAUCUUGUUGUCACUAUAUAAUAAUAUAUUUAAAGAUAUACAAAUAAAUAGAUAAAUAUAUUCAAAAUAUAUUCAUAUCUCUCUACGUGCCACUGCCUUCCCUGCUUUGUUACACUUGUCAGCCAAUCAGAUUUUAGCGUAUGCACAGUUGACCUAUGCGCUUUGGCAUGGGCGGGUUGAAAACCCCUUUCUGUAAAUUUAAUUAACCUGCUAAGCAGAUAGCAUAUGAUAUGAAUACCACUGUACUUUCAAAAUAAAGAAAGUGAUUUGUAGAGGGAAAAGCAUAAUUUACUCUCUUAAACUCUGCCAAAUUAAAAAAAAAGACUAGUUUAUUUUUUAAAGUACAAGCUUACCGGUCAGAGCCAAAGUCCUGCACAAAACUUUUUGUUUUGUCUUAAUUUGAGGCUAAAAGCUGAUUAUCUGAGCACCAAAGAUUUGUUUCUAAACCUCAAAGUAGAUGUAACGAGUCGUCAAGGUUAAAAGAGUUUUAGGGGAAAAAAACAAACUAUUAGAACCACAAUUCAGAGCGAAUUUCCUUUUAUUACGUGGUUUUCUUUUUUUAAACGCUCACAUUAAGAGGAAAUGCAGCUUCUGUGUGAACAUCUUUCUGUGCAUGCCUGUGCAGUUUAACCACUCCACUAGUGCAGACCUGUGCAGUCUUACAGCCCUGCUCUUGUGGGCACGAAUCCUUGUUUCUGCGAGCUGUGAGUGCAGUUUUUAUUAUUUUUUUCACGCUAAUAUCAGAUCAGAUGCAGAAUGGUGCAAUAAUAAAAGAGAUGAAUUUGAUAAUAUUUUAAGGUGUUUAGUAUUUUCAUUAUUUUGAAUUUGUUUGCAUAUUUAGAUUUAUGGUAUGUUAUGAGUUAAUGUACAUUUUAUUUCUUUAAGUUUUUGUUGCAAAUUAAUUCUUUUAAUAAAAUGCAAUCAUUUGAAACAAAUUGAUGUUUGAAUGUUUGAAGGUAAAAAUAUUAGACAACUUUUUUUUGAAACACCUAAUUUAUUUUUUUUAAAGUAAAUAAAAAAAUUGACUCACUUUCUGUAUGGAUUGUGAGAAACUUUUGUUCCUGCAUAAACCUCAGAUAUGAACCACAAAAGCAGUGAGUUUUACUAUCCUUUAAUAAAACAAAAUCAUAAUAGUUCUUUUCUUAAAUAUUGUUCAUGGUCAAAGUUGGGAAGCUGAAGUUAAUUUCUCUUCUUCUGAGACAUCAGAUGAAGCUGUCCUAGAUUGAAAACACAGAGUUUUCUCAUGUUUCUGGCUCUGCUGAUUUUUAAAUUUGCAGCUGUUGCAUUAUUGAGCCGUUCAUCUCUGAGAGGAUGCAGGUUUAGCCCAGGAUGGCUGGCUUUAAGGUUAAAGCUUUACCUUCAGUCACCUUAGCCUGAGUUUGAUGACCCCAUGGUGGAGAGAGUUUUACAUUAGUUCCUGUAUCUCCUUCUACCCAACAAAUCACUUCUUAUCUCCCACGUAGUUGUCUGUGGUUUCUCUCUAGCAGUCUUCUUCAGCUCAUCACAUUUUUAAUUUUAAAAUUUUUAUACCUUAUAAGCACAAAAGAGCACCUUUUUAAUUUGAAUUGUUUUAUUUUGUCUUGUGAAUUCCUGCUUUGUGCUUUUUCGUUUUUAUGAUCUUCUGUUUGUUAAAAGUUUAGUGUUGACCAUAGAAACAGGCUUACUGUGACAGUAUCAUCAUUUGUGGAAAACCUCUGUGUGCAAAUGGGGUUAAAAUAAAUAUUUCAAUUAUUAAAUAUUGAAUGGUUGAGUUGAAUGAAUAUACCAGUGUAAUUUUAGGCACUACAUGGUUGCAAAUAACAUUUCUUUGAUGAUUAAGGACACUACAGGGUUCAGUAGCAAGGACCGACUCCAUCAACUGCAUCAAAGGAUGUGAAUAUUCUGUAACCGACUCCAACUUGUUCUGUUUCCUUUUAAAAGCCCGUUGAAGGGUGACCACAUGUUUGUUGUAGGAUGUCCAAGUUACGGGGCUUCCCCUUUUUCCUUCUAAUCUAGAUUUCACCUCACAUAGGCCCUGCCCACCUUAAUGGACCAGGAAGUCUUUUAACCACAUCAUUUCUUUUUCAGUCUCCUCUGACAUUUUUUCAAUAAUAAAAAACAGAAAAAGAAAAACCAUUACAAACAAAUGUGCAGAAUCCUCAGACUCAACCGAUCUAGUGCAGAAUGAUGAUGGCCUCCCUUUUUUUUAACUUUCAUUUUUAUUAGUUUUAGUUAGUGUUGAAAAUGAUACAGUAAAGAAAAUUACAAACAGACAAACAAACAGUCUGGAGUUUACAUUUCUUUUUCCACCUUCUAUCACAUGCAAAUCUCUUUUUAUGUCGUGUUUUUGGUGCCACUUAAAAAUGCUUUCCACUUCCUCCAUCGUCUAUCAUAUUUACACCCCAUCAGUGUAAUAUUGAAUUUUUCCAUCUCUGAGAUACCUUCUACAAUCCUAAUCCAAUC